CAACACGACAAAAAAAGCUUGAAGAAGCUGGGAGGGGAGGGCAGAGCAUAACUAGCAAAACAGAGCAGAGCAAAGCUAGUAGAUCUGAACCGGCAGAACAGAGCAGACUGCAGAGCAGAGCAGAACUUUGAGCAGAACUGAGAGCAGAACAGAACUGACCAAACAACAAAAAAUACAGAUUGUUAACUUAAGUCUUUUCUUUAAUCUAUUUCACUGCCGGAAAACGGGAGAAAACCAAAACCAUAAUGUCGGUCCCAAUGAGCUACUACCACAAACCAAGAACAAACCCUCUUGACUACAGAACCCUCUUUCAAUUUCUCGACCACAACACCACUCAACAUCCUGACAAAGAAGCCAUCGUUUUCUACAACGAAAACAGCAAUCGCUCCUGUCUGACAUUCCAGCAACUCAAAGACCAAUCCAUCAAGUUUGCAGCUUCACUUCUCAAACUUGGCCUCAAAAGAGGCGACAGAGUUCUCCUCUACGCUCCCAACAGUCUGGAGUUCGUUAUUUGCUGGAUAGCGUUAAACCGACUUGGUGCAUGCGCAGUGCUGAUGUGUUCUGGGGAUGUGGAAUGGCAGGAAUUAUAUUUACUCAAGCGGCUGAAGUGUUGUGCAAUGAUUUGUGGUCUGAACCUGCCAGACACACAAAGACAACGCAUUUUAAGUGAGAUCGAAGAGAUAGCUGAGCAAAAGAAUCCCGAGGGGGAGUCCUACGUGAAGUUUAUCGUCACCGUUAAGCAAGGUGAUGCCGUUAUUGCGCAUUCGCAUGUGGACAAAUAUGAAGACCUCAUAGAGCAAGUCGAUAAAGAAGAUGAAACGAAAUUGAUGACUACUCAGAGCAAAGUAGACCCAGAAGACUAUGCAGUCGUUUGUUUCACCUCCGGCAGUACCGGUGAGGCUAAAGCAGUGGUAUAUAGUCACUUUAGCCUUAUCAAUGGUGUCAACCUUGCCCUACCCCCCGGGAGUGGUUACGAUAGCAACACCAGGGCUUUUUCGGGUUGGCCAAUAUCCUGGGGGUGUGGCGCCCCGGUAGUGGCGAUUGCUCUUGUGAUAGGGUUCACCUACAUCACUACUAUCUACACUAAACUGACCAUCGAAGAUUCCUUUCAAUUCAUGUUUGAUAUCCUGAAAGCUGAAAACUGUACUGGUUGUAGCAUCCCACAAGAACAUGUCUACAGAUUUCUGAGUGAAAAUAUCCAGGACAAGUACGACUUCUCGAAGAUAUCUGUCUUUGGUUUUGGUAGCCAGCUUGUCCCGCGAAAGACUGUCCAAGCUCUACUCGAUGUCUUCCCCAAAAAGAGGGGAAUUUUAGUCUACGCCAUGACCGAGGUCUUUACAGUUGGAAUGCAGCCACUAAGUCACGCAACCAUCACCAAGAAAGAAGACUACGGCAAAAUGUACAUGCUACCCGACAUCGAAGUCAAGGUCAUCGAUGAACAAGGUCACGUGGUUCCUCUAGGAAACAAAGGAGAAAUCUGUGUGCGUGGACCAAAGGUCUUCCUCGAGUAUCUCGAGGAUCCCGAGGGAUCAGCAAAGGCAAAGAAGGCCAAUGGAUGGGUUCACACUUCUGACUAUGGAAUCAUGUUUGACCGAGCGAGGAUAAAAGUACUGGGGAGAAAAACUGAUUUGAUUGACAGCCAAAAUCAGACUGUGUUUCCGGUUGAAGUGGAGGAGAUCCUGAUUGAGCACCCAGAUGUCUUGGAUGUUGUAGCUGUUGGAGUACCURGGAAUGACGGGAAAGAAGACAUCUGCGCAUGCGUCAUUGAGGCUCCUGGGUCGAACCUGAAGGAGAAAGUCGAAGAGCUACACACAUGGUGUGAGCAGGAAUACUCCGUUGCUAAUAGAAACCACUUAAAACCAAAGCAGUUACGAUUUUUCACGGAAUUUCCCAUCUCUGAUGCCGCCAAGAUUAAUCGCAAAGUUAUAAAAACUUUAGCUGGAGAAAUGCAAGAUGGUUUUUAAAAGUCAAAACAAUAUUUUAGGUUUAUUUUUAGAUAAUUUUGUAAAUUAAGAUCAAAUCGCAAAGUUAUAAAAACUUUAGCUGGAGAAAUGCAAGAUGGUUUUUAAAAGUCAAAACAAUAUUUUAGGUUUAUUUUUAGAUAAUUUUGUAAAUUAAGAUCAAAGUUUUUUUAAUCUUUUAGUUUUAAUUUCUGGUUUUUCUUUUUAAUAAUUUUUUAGAUUUCCAUAAA